AUGGCGAACAGUGUUUAUGUGCUGCUAGCAUUGGUUGCUCUAUUUAUGCAACAUGACGUCAUUCAGAGUCUGCCUUCAAAGAACAGGACGAUGCGCUUGACACCACAAGCUUUGAGAGAAGGUCUCACACAGCGUUUAGCAAAACAAUGGAAGAACAUGGGAGCACCUAUAAAACUCUCCGAAAAGCGAAAACAGAAAAUGACAAUUGAAGAAUACAACAAACUAGUAAGAGAGGUAAUUGAAGACUCUAACGGAUCGCAUGUGAUCGACAUUGGAGAGUUCAAACCGGCCGAGAAGCUGUCUUCAGACCGACAUUACUUCGUGGGAAGGAAUGGGGAUAUCAAUAAAUUGCCAAACUUUGGCCACCAAAUACAACUCAAAAAGCCUGACAAGAUCUUACCCCGGAAACAGAUGACGUCACACAGACGGAAGCGUGCUUCUGAAAAAUCAAAGUACCUUAGUUUCGUGUCGUGGCCAAACAAUCUCGUUCCCUUUAUUACGACGAAUAUGCAGACAGGUGACGAUUUCCUAACCUGGAUACAAGAAGGUGUUGAUAUGUUUCGUGAGGAAACGUGUUUACAGUGGGCUGCCAGAUCCGACGAAAAGGAAUAUGUAGACUUUGUGGGUGGCGACCAGGAUGGUUUCUGUUCAGCAUAUAUUGGCCGACAAUAUAACAGGCCUACCACAGUGACUUUGGACCAAGUGACCGACAAUUGUAAUGAGGAUUAUGUCGUUUAUCAUGAGAUGAUGCACGCAAUUGGUUUAGAGCACGAGCAGUCACGCCCAGAUCGGUACUCUGCCCUCCAAAUCAACUGGGAAUGCAUCGUUGAGAAUACAAUCUUCAAUUUCAUUAAGCGACCCCUGGCAACUGACGUGGAAUUUGAUUGGACAUCCAUCAUGCAAUACGUCCCAGCCAUAUUUAAUAAAUGUGGAUCAAGUCAGGGAACAAUGCAGACGUCAGAUCCCUCGUACAAUUCUCUCCUGUACACGUUGUCCCGGAAGUUCACACAUUACGACAGUCAAACCAUUGUCAGGGCGUAUGAGUGUGACGAAGAUUGUGCUGAUAAUUGUGAAAACGGCGGAUUCAUACGUAAGACAGUUAACAACGACCAAUGCCAUUGUCGAUGUCCGGAGUAUCUCACUGGUCUUACCUGUGCAGAUCGUACAAUCGAUACGAGCGGCUUCCCUAAUCCAUAUCCUGUGGGCGAAGCAUGCACUUAUCUCAUCAAGGCCCCCGUCAACAACAGAAUACGUAUAACGCUGAAAGGUUUAGAUGUCCCGUGUGGUCAUGACCUCGAAUUCAGAACCCAUCUCAUGGGAGAAUUAGGACUUCUGGAGUGCGGCUCGUUAUCGUCUGAAAAGGAGUUCGUAACAUUCCCCAACGGUGAGGCUAAUAUUGCAAUGGUAAUUCUACAUGCCGAUGACACAAGCAUAACCCCUGGAACCGGCGCAAGCCUGGAACUGACAGCAUUUGCAUCAGGUUGUGUAGAUAAUCCGUGCCGUAAUGGAGGAACUUGUGAUGAAGAUAUUUCCACCCCUGCUUUCUGUAUCUGUCCCCCGGGUUACAGUGGAGAUACGUGUAACUUCGUUACUGCUACUGCUACUGUUGGCUGUGACGUUCAGUCGGAUGUCGAAGGGGUCUGCUGUUUUACGGACGUGUCGGCUGGUGCUGUCGAAUUCUUUCAGAUUCGAAAUCCAACCGACGUUCUGUCUCCCUAUCUUCUGGCCAAUACAAUAGGAAUAUACUACAUAACAGACGAGGCACUAUUGGAAUCUAAUGUGGAGUUCGAAGAUGCAGUACGCUGUCUUAGCUUUGACGAGGCUGCCAUUCAGGCCCAAAACUCGAAUGCAAGAUUGAGAACAACAUACACUGAAAAGGACGGGACGGUCAAGUUGGUGUCGGAAACAGAGGAUACUGAUGGGUUUUUCGUUUCUAGGCAAGCUACUUUAUCUCGGCAUGUGGAAAAGAUAAGCUUUUCAGCUACUAUUUACUUAGGAGCAGCUGCCGUAACCAAUAUACUGAUCAGCCCGGGGCUAUGCAGUAACGCUACCUGUGCAUCUCUAUCAUUCACUUUAUGUGACAAUGGUGGAAUAUGUGAUGAAUCGAGUGGGACACUAUUGUGUAACUGCAUUGGUGACUUCACCGGGACCUACUGUGAAAUACCACUUAAUGAAUCAUCAAUCAAGUGCACCUUCGAAACUGGAACAACAUGUCCUUUUAUAAACCCCUCGUCAGAAUCUGACCUAUGGACAUCUCAAACGGGUCCUACACCGCAAAGGUCAACUGGACCAUCGGGAGCUUAUGCCGGAAACAUAUAUUUACGUACAGAUGCACAAAAGAAUCGCCUAACAACGUCAACACUGCAAUUAGAAGCAGAUUUAAGUGCACGGGCACGUUGUCUUGUUUUGAAUUACAACAUGAACGGAAGGGAUAUAGCAUCGCUUGCUGUGCUUCACGAUAAUUCGACCUUGUUUGAAGAAAACGGGAACAAAAGAAAUAGAUGGUUUACGAAAAUGAUUGAUGUGACCACUACUCCACAGUCAAAUCUGACGAUUGUCGGUGAAGCUACAAAUAAAAAAGGUGAUAUUGCGAUAGACGAUCUUGAGCUGCUACCAUUCGAGUGCGAUAAACUAUUGAUAUGUACGUUUGAAAUCGAUUAUAAACCUUGCACCGUUAGCAGAAAGACGAAAUGGAUGAGACAAAAGGGCAACACCAGACCAGGGACAGGCCCGCAAAAUGCUCACGAAGGAGACUAUUACGUAUACCUGCAAUCUAACAGUCAACGAAGCGCACUCUUGACUAUUCCUCACACUUUCUCGGGUAAGUAA